AACUAACGGGCAUUGCUUUGCUAUCAUUGAGGAAGAUGAACAUGGAGAACCCACACUGGCUUCUGGCUGCAUGAAAUAUGAAGGUUCAGACUUCCAGUGCAAGGACUCACCUAAAGCACAACUACGUCGAACAAUUGAGUGCUGUCGGACUGAUUUCUGCAAUCAGGAUUUACAACCAACGUUACCACCACUUGAUAGUACAGAUGGGCUUUUUGAUGGCAGCAUUCGUUGGAUGGCCGUGUUGAUUUCUAUGGCAAUCUGCAUAAUUGUCAUGAUCAUCUUAUUUAGCUGCUUUUGUUACAAACAUUACUGUAAGUCAAUGGCAAAAAGGCACUGUUAUAAUCGUGACCUGGAACAAGAUGAAGCAUUUAUUCCAGCUGGGGAGUCAUUGAAAGACCUUAUUGACCAGUCACAGAGUUCUGGGAGUGGAUCAGGACUACCGUUGUUGGUUCAGCGCACUAUUGCCAAACAAAUUCAGAUGGUGAGGCAAGUUGGGAAAGGACGAUACGGUGAAGUGUGGAUGGGCAAAUGGAGAGGUGAAAAAGUUGCAGUGAAAGUGUUUUUCACCACGGAAGAAGCCAGUUGGUUCCGAGAAACAGAGAUUUACCAGACUGUUCUCAUGCGUCAUGAAAACAUCCUCGGUUUCAUAGCUGCAGAUAUUAAAGGCACUGGCUCCUGGACACAGCUUUACCUGAUUACAGAUUACCAUGAAAAUGGAUCGUUGUAUGAUUUUCUGAAAUGCACUACGCUAGACAACAGAGCACUCCUCAAACUGGCGUAUUCUGCUGCAUGUGGUCUGUGCCAUCUACACACAGAAAUUUAUGGAACACAAGGCAAGCCUGCUAUUGCACACAGGGACCUGAAGAGUAAAAAUAUCUUGAUAAAGAAAAAUGGAACCUGCUGCAUUGCUGACUUGGGUCUUGCAGUCAAGUUUAACAGUGACACAAACGAAGUUGAUGUUCCCUUGAAUACUAGAGUGGGAACAAAACGCUACAUGGCUCCAGAGGUCCUAGAUGAAAGCCUGAAUAAAAACCAUUUCCAACCAUACAUCAUGGCUGACAUCUACAGUUUUGGGCUGAUCAUUUGGGAAAUGGCUCGGCGCUGUGUCACAGGAGGUAUUGUUGAAGAGUAUCAGUUGCCAUAUUAUGACAUGGUGCCAAAUGAUCCAUCCUAUGAGGACAUGAGAGAAGUCGUGUGUGUCAAACGCCUCCGCCCAGUAGUAUCAAAUAGGUGGAAUAGUGAUGAA